GAUUUAACUAUAUUACAAACAGCUAAUGAUUUAUUAUAUCAAUCAAAAGAUGAUGACAAUGAUGAUGAUCUACAAAUUCCGAAAUUACAUCGACUUGCUCGAAUACCACCUAUUAUGUCUGGAUCGAGUACAACAUCAGCAUCAUAA